CACACACACCACACACUGCACACAGGUAGCGUACAGAUAGCUGGCGCGUUCCCUGAGUCAGACACAGCCGCUUCUCUGUCCGUCCGACAGGCUAUUGGCUGCAACAAACCGGAAAAUUAUUUGGCGAAGACAACAAAGGAGCAGAAUGUCCACGUUUGAUUUAUUGACGUCGUUUAUAAUAGAUGAAUUCGAUCACUUUUUUUUUUUGUAAACGCAUAACAGCUGUCGAAAUGUUUGGAUAAGAGCGGAGAAGUCUGGAAGUUUGGAGCUAUACUCUGGUGUCCCGAGAAUAAAACACUGGCACUUUAAACGGGGUUUCUGGGUUUGUUCGUCUCGGUGGUCACCUUAAUUUACUGAAACGCCUUAUUUUUAGCAGCCAGCUACAUCCCUCCAUUAAGGGAAUGAGCUCAGAGGAGCAGGACCGGCUUCGCUCCCUCUUUCACGCGUACGACGUGGACAAGUCCGCGCGGAUCGAGAGAAACGAGUUUCUCACCAUCUGUGCGGAGCUGCAGGUGUCCGCGGCCGAGGCCGACCGGAUAUUUAACCGGCUGGACGUCGACCGGGACGGAACCGUUACCCUGCAGGAAUUCAUGAGCGGCUUCCACGACCGCUACGUAGAGGACAUGGAGUCGGACGGAGGAGACCCGUCCGCCGCAUGGGAGAACUUCGAGAUGAGAAUGGGCGAGCAAGCCAAGUUCAUCCCCAGGAAUGAACAAACAGCUAUGUUGUACCAGAACAUCAGUCUGACUGAGCCCAGACUGAUACCUCAGCUUGAGAAAGUCAUCGUAAACUUCACCAAAGAGAUAAAACAGCAGAACUCAGAGAUGGAGAACCUGGCCCUCGCUAUCAAACGAGCGCAGGACCAAGCAUCAAUGCAGCUCAGUGAAAUGGAGGAGGAGAUGGACCAUCGCAUUCAUGCUGCUGAGAGAAAGACGCGUGAGCAGGAGAAGAAGCGAACAGAGGCUGCACUGAGCGAGUUACGAAGAGGUUAUGAAAAUGAAGUGUGUGAGCUGCAGUGUAAGAUCCAGAGGAUGCAGAUGAUAGAAGAGAAGUAUAAGAACAUCACCGUGAAAGACGAGAGCCCAGCUUUAAAGAAGAAGAUCAAUGAGCUAACACUGGAGAACCAGCGGUUAAAACAGGAGCUGAUGAAGUCUCAGACCACUGUCGCCUGUCUGCGCAGUGAGAUGGACUCGCUAAAGACAGAGCUAACAGAUCAAAGCAUCAGCUCUGAACGAGAUGAGGAGCUCAUGAAGCACUUCUCUGAUGAGCGAGACAUCCUGGAGAGCCAGAUCGAGAUUCUGCAGACAGCCAACAGGAAGCUCCAUGACAGCAACGAUGGCCUGAGGACCGCUCUGGAGAGGAUCAGCAGGUCUGGUAACGGGGGCUCACCAGGAGAAAUAAAGGACAGAAGCAGAAGUAAAAGCAUCUGCUAUACAUCACCUUAUGCAUUAAUGGAUAGAUCAAUGGAGGUGAAAGGUGGUAGACCAAUCUGUUUACUGACAUUGUACUGGGACCAAGGUAGAACUCUCAGAGACAGAUAUCUCAACCCCAGGUUCUGCCAGCGUAUGGAUGAUUACCCUCUGUACAGCCGCCGGCCGAGCUGUGACACUCUGGCCUUGGCCAUGUGCGACCCAGGCCUGAGGCGCAGACACAGCAGUGAGUGCGAGGAGGACAGCCUGCCAGAGAUCUGCAUGGACAGCGGCCUGUCGACACUCAGAGGCUCACAUGGAGGCUACGACUCGGAGCAGGAGGUCAAAGGUCAAGAAGAAGAGGAAGAGAGGGAGGAGAAGAAAGGAGAGGAUGACAACAAUGAUAGCAUGAUAGGAGAAAACUCUGACACCGAGCCAGCAGAGACACAGGAUGGUGAAUCAGCAUUCGGGUCGGACAGCAGCUCAGUUUUGGACUGGAAGCCAGCUGAAUCCAUUAGGGUGACCAAACCCCCAACUACACGAAAAGCCCUCAGUGCCAUCAGUGUUCAGAAGGAGGACAAGGACAGCGCUGACCUGGGCUACAUGACAUCAGAGAAGGCCUACAGGAUUGUGUUGGCUGGAGAUGCUGCUGUGGGAAAGUCCAGCUUCCUGCUACGCCUCUGCAAGAAUGAAUUCAAGUUAAACUCCAGCACUACGCUGGGAGUGGACUUCCAGAUGAAGACACUAAUCGUGGAUGGAGAGCCCGUUUUACUACAACUAUGGGACACUGCAGGACAAGAGAGGUUUCGCAGCAUUGCAAAGUCUUAUUUCCGGCGAGCGGACGGUGUGUUGCUGCUGUACGACGUCACCUGUGAGAAGAGCUUCCUUAACGUGAGAGAGUGGGUGGAUAUGAUUGAGGAUGUGUCCCAGGAAGAUAUUCCCAUUAUGCUCGUGGGUAAUAAGUGUGACCUUAGACAAGAUGGAGUUAACUGUGUUCCUACCAGCUAUGGAGAAAAACUGGCCAUGACAUACAACACUCUGUUCUGUGAAACUAGUGCCAAAGAUGGCUCCAACACCCUGGAGGCUGUGCUGCACCUGGCCAGGCAGGUAACAAAACAGGCUACUUUUAAUGAAAACAGUUACUGUCAGUCGCUGCCCAACUUAGCUGCUCCCAGGAAGAAACCAAACGUCUUCUGCUGCACCUGAUCAAAUUCAUCAGAGCCGGACCUCCACAUCUGACUUAAUGUGAACUCAGCACAGGUGGAAAAAUGACUACAAAUGCAGAAACGUGAAAAAACAAGAAAUUAGACAUAAUCUCACCAAGUACAGCAACGGGAACAAAUCAUCAUUGUGAAUAACUAAAACAAUUUAACACAUGGAUUAAGUGAUCAAACAAGUGACACUGGAUCACAGCCGAAUAUCCACAACUUCACAUAAAUUCAGAUUUCUUUUGUUAUUCAAGGUUAUUUAAGCAUGAUGUAUUGAGCUGCAUUUCAGCCAAGUCUUACUGUUCCGUAUUUUAUGAAUUUAAGAAAGUGUGUGUAAACGUCUUGUCAUGUGAAAGUUAUGUCCAUUUUUAUUAUGCUAUUACACAUAUUUGCAUUAGUUCCUGCUACAUAUUUGAUGUGAUUUGUACAGUUUGCCCAGACUGGCACUGCCAUGACGUGAAGAAAGACAGCUGUGAAAGUGAAGUAAAAUGUAUGAGAAGGAUUUAAAGGUGAAGCCAAGUAUAUGUUUUUAAAGUAACAUUAGUAUGUGAUGCUGACAAAUAAUUGCAUGUGAUAGAGAACAAAGAGAUAUUUUAGCAUAUUGUUAUGGUGAGAAAAUAAGACUGUGGCAGUUAUCUAAUUAUUUCUGGGCUCACUUAUCAUCAAUGUAAGUGCUAGUUUGAAAUUACAUCUGCAGCAUGUAGGUGAUCUGAAAGGGAACAGGAGUUUGUUGUUUGUUCCACCCAGGAUGUCAAACUUUAUUGCAAGUGAACUGCAUCGAUUGCUGACAUGGAGACACUGAGAAUUAUGGGAGAACUUAAAGCAAGAAAUGCUCAGCUUCGUCUUUGUUCAUAUACGAUGAACCCUGGUGCAAUGUGUGAUUGUAUGAGACUUUAUGCUAAUGUCUAUAUUAUAUUACCCCACAGUGUUACAUUUCUUUUAAUUUGACUUUCCACUGCGGAUGACUUUGUGUUAUAGAAUUUAUAUUUUUGGAGCUGAAUCUAUACCAGAUCAUUUUCAAUUUGCACGAACGCUCUCAACAACUAAUGUAAUUUUAUUAUCUGGUAUGAGUAAUAAAAAUUAGAUAAGCAUAAAAGAGAGGUGGAAGGAAAGCAAAGCCCUUAUUUUUAUCCCUUAGAUACAGUACAUGACUGUAAUUCUGUUUAAAUGUGUACGUGUGAUCUUGGCAAAUUGUCACUACUGAUGUUAUAGAGUAUGUCAUUAUUUCUUAAUAAUAACACCAUGUUAUCCAUAUUACAUAAAUGCCUUUGUUAAUGUCAUAAGAGUUGCAACUGCGAAAUCACUGCCUUUGCAGCUAAGGUCUCUCCGUGUUAAAUUGCCUUGAUAAAUAAAUGACCUUGUAAUGUCAGUCUGCUGAAGGGCAGUGUAUAAAGGUAUCAAUAUGCUUCAAAGUAAAUGCUUGUUGGAUUCUCAAACAGCAAUUGAAGCCCCUCCGAAACCUCUCCAAAGUUGGAAUUGGGGGGCUGUGUCUGGCAGUGUUUCUUUUACAAACUUCAUUUAUUGAAUUUCCAAACAAAUAAUAUGUAACAAUACAAGCUCAAGAACCACCAGUUAUCUAAAUGUGCAUGGAGCACUGAAGCUACUUAUUUCUUCACAAUUUAAACUUCUUUUUGCAUGAAAGUCUUUGUUAAUGUCAUAAGAGUUGCAACUGCAAAGUCACAGCUAAGGUCUCUGUGUCUGUGUUAAAAGUCAAUAAAAAUACAGUGUGAAUGUCA